AGUUUUCCAGCAGCGCAGGUACAAUGAGUGCAUUAUUCAGACGGACAGACUACAGGCAAAGGAUCUGCCCUCUGUAGGGCUCAGUUGUUUUCUCUGUGACCUGCAAGUUCAGCUACAGAUAGUGACAAAAGCAAAUCACYACCAUGGAUCUUGGUAAUGAUGUAGAUCUGUCCAAUAACAACAUCAUGCCUUUAUGGAAGCCACGGACWGACUUUGCUAAAAGUCCCCGAGACUUGAACAGAUAUAAGACACGGCCCCUCAGCUGUCACACAAAUGGGGUCACAGAUCCAGAUUUCCUUGUAGAGGACCACAGAAGUUCCUUCACUUUAAGCCAGCCUGCUGAGAAACUUACGGUCCAACCCCAGCCCUUUGGCAAAAGCACUACAACGAUAAAGCAUGUUUUACAUAAACCCUCAAAGAAAACCCGAGUGGUUCGGAGUAUAAGCAUUGGACACUUCACGAGUGGGCGUUUCUCACUGUCCAAAUUUAGGCCUGAGCAGAACAAAACUGCUUCACUGGACAAUAGAGUGUGCAAUGGAGGCCGUAACAGUGGUGACACCAGUAAUGGACAAGCUGUAUGCUCUAACAAGCAUCUUUUGGACAACCGAAGACGCACCUCCAGUCCUCUCAGUCUCAGCUUACAGAAAGACCAGACCAAGCUUGAGACAAAUCCUUCACCCGAAGAAGUUCCUCUCAACAACCACUAUGAACUAUCUUCACGUCCGUCCUCGUCCAACUCCUCACCUCCAUCGCGGGGUACCCUUACCCCCUCUGACAGCUCCACAUCCAGCAUCUCCUCACUCAUGUCUUUAACCUCCUCUGACCCUCCUACCCCCCGCUCCCCAUCACCAGCAGACAGAGGGCAUUCACUCCUCAGACAGUCUCGGACAUGCUCACAGGACACCCUGCUUGCCUCGUCGUCCUCUCCUUCCGUCUCCUCUACCUCACCCUCGCCAUCACUUUCCCCAACUGYCUCACCUUUGCCCGCCAUCGUCCURAGCACCAACAGCCCCGCCGCCCUAAAGAUGGGCACCCAGCAGCUCAUUCCCAAAGGCUUGGCAUCUGAAACACGACAGAACAAGGGACACUUGGCCAGGCCGGGGUUGGAGCAUUCCAAACGAGGACUUAAAACUCUCGCCAUGGUGGAAACUGGAGGCUACUUUUCUACUGGAGGGGGCCACAACGACGAGACAGAUGGGGGCCCUGAUAGCCCUGGGACACUAAGGAGAGGCUUGAGGAGUACGUCUUACAGGAGGGCAGUGGUGAGUGGGGUUGACACGGAGACUCCUUCGAUGGAUCUAAAGGACCAUUCGUUGUCCCAACCUUUGAUAAGAGGGCUUGAUUUGGAUAGUCCAGAUUCAGCUGCGAGCCCAUCGAGCCCCGACACAUUGAGCCCUACGAGCCCCGUAACACUAAAACUCCCCAGCCCCAGGAUUUUAAGGUCUUCUAGCCCUCAAAYGGAAAAACGCAAAAACAACAAAAAAACCAAGACUCUAGAUAAGAGGAAMAUUUUGUCAAGUCAGCGUACAUUUGACAGUGAAGAAGAAGAACUUUAUCAGAAUUAUCAAGAGAAGGCCCUACAUAACGACUCAGAUGAGGACGCCGAUUCCAGACAACCCAAACCUGAUAGAGGCAUCGUGGUGCAGUACAGACCCCUCCGUACCUCCUGGAGCCAGCUCAGUGUGGUUAAGAAAAGUGGGCUCUCUGAUCACCUGAGUCAAGAGGAACGCAAAAGACAGGAGGCCAUCUUUGAGGUCAUCUCAUCAGAGCACUCCUACCUCCACAGUUUGGAGAUUCUCAUCCGCAUGUUCAAAAACUCUGCAGAGCUCAGCGAGACCAUGACCAAGACCGAGCGCCACCACCUGUUUUCCAACAUCUCAGAUGUCUGUGAGGCCAGCAAAAAGUUCUUUACAGAACUGGAGGAAAGACACCAACAGAACAUAGUCAUCGAUGACAUCAGUGACAUCAUUUGCCGGCAUGCUGAGUCCAACUUUGAUCCAUAUGUCACUUACUGCUCGAAUGAGGUCUAUCAGCAGAGAACGCUGCAGAAGUUGGUCUCCAAGAAUCCAGCUUUUAAGGAGGUGCUAACCAGGAUCGAGGGCCACCCAGACUGCAGAAAUCUCCCCAUGAUCUCAUUCCUCAUCCUGCCCAUGCAGAGGAUCACUCGUCUGCCUCUGCUCAUGGAUACAAUCUGUCAGAAGAUGCCUAAAGGCUCAGCCCAGUAUGAAGAGUGCAAGAAGGCCUUGCAGGCUGUCAGCAAGGUGGUACGAAAGUGCAAUGAAGGAGCUCGCACAAUGGAGAGAACAGAAAUGAUGUACACCAUCAACUCUCAGCUUGAGUUCAAGAUAAAGCCUUUCCCCCUGGUCUCCUCCUCUAGGUGGAUGAUAAAGAGAGGCGAGUUGACUACUUUUGUGGAGGACAGCAGCAUCUUCAUGAAGCGAACAUCACGACAACAGGUCUAUUUCCUCCUCUUCAACGAUGUGCUCAUCGUCACCAGAAAGAAGAGUGAGGACAGUUACACUGUCAUUGACUAUGCUCUGAGGGACCAGAUCCAAGUGACUACCUGCCAGUCUGAACACCUCAACCUGUCUCCGGUCAAAAGCCCCUCCAGCAUGCUGAGCUCGCGCCAAGUCGGCACCAACCAUCUCUUCCGACUGUGUUUCUGUAGCAACCACUCRGAUUCAAAGGUGCUCAUGGUCCUCGGAACAGAGCUGCUGAAUGAGCGUGCUCGGUGGAUCAGCGCACUAGGACAGAAUGUCAACAAGAAAAGUCACGACCGAACCAACAUCAUCCAGGUGGAGGUGAUCAGAACUUACACAGCAAAGCAGCCAGAUGAGAUGUCCCUGCAGGUGGCUGAUGUGGUUUUGGUCUCGCAGCAUGUGGAUGGCUGGUAUGAAGGCGAGCGACUGCGUGACGGAGAGUGGGGAUGGUUUCCAGCCGAGUGCGCUGAAAAGAUCACGUGCCAAGCCACAAUCGAGCGCAACAUGCAAAGAAUGGAUCGCCUGCAGGGUCUGGAGACGAACGUGUGACCAGACAAUCAGCUCGAAAAGGGAUUUUUUUUUCCAGGCUUAUGGUGACCCUUUGUCACUCCAGUUGCUUGUUUUUUUUUUUUAAAGCACUAAACUCUUAACACAUGAGGUCAGAAGGCGACCUACCUUCAAGGAUUGAUUUGUUAGCCGCUAGCCUGCCCUGCUUCCAGUAAACACCAAUCACUUGUCAGAGUUUCAGACUGUUUAGCAGAAACUUUAAGGACAGUUUUCUUAAUUAGUGAUUGGUCUGUGUGUGUACGUAGGGGGGUAUGUCACUUCACCCCCCACAGCGAAAGCCACAACUUUUAACACCCUGCCACAUCCCAACUUGCAUGAAAUUUUGUAAAUUUUUAAUUUUUUUUCCCCCAAGCACAUUCUUCAUAAAUGAUGUGCAGUCUAAUGAGUUCAGCGCCUCUGUGGGAGGUAAAGUAGACCAAUUAGUGAAACUUCGACAGCAGCCCGGUACGCGCUCCGUUAACGAGGCUCGAGGGCCACGUGUUGAGAAGCGUCACGAACAGUGUGGCCACCAAGAUGUUGAUUGUACAAGUGAUAACAAGGCAAGACUGGCAGCUUUUUAACAGUGUACACCCCCGAGUGUUUGGGCAACAUCUGAUGGCGAGUGCGAUUCUGGCCAUGGUUAUGCAACGCUAUUCAGAAUUGAUUGAACAAUUAUUACAAAUGAUAGCCAUCAAGUGAUCUAUGAGUAUCUGCACUCCAGCUUGUCAUUUGUCACCACUUAAUGCCAACGCCAUGAAUCAGACACACAAGUAUUAUUCACUCUGUCCGUACAGCAGCUGGGAUGGCCAGAAAUCACACACACUUGAUGCCAGCGCAGACGUUAAAAAGACGUAAUGUUAAAAUAAUAAACGUGUGUCUGCUGAUGGUGAGAACAGAACCGACGGGCGACCCCGCCUGGACCUGCUUUCAACGCGAUUGUCCAGCGUGAGUCAUCUUUUUUUAAAUUUAUUUUUUAAAGUGUUGCCCAGCUAAAUGAAAUAAACAGCUCGACCAGAGGAUGGUAAUAACACAAUCUAUCAAGCCCACAGUUCUGGCACCAAACCAGAUGACAACCACUAACUAUUCCAACAACACAAACUGAGGUUUGGCAAAAACAAGCAGAAAAAUGUGGCCGAUUAGAGUCUCUAUCUUAGCUUUGCAUUUGCACUCAGGGAGAAAGAAGUAUUUGAUUAAACUCAUCUAAAGUUUUUUUUCAGUCAUUUUUGCUUCAUGUAACUAUUGUAAAUCAGCUAUGUAUAUGUAAAUAUGUAAAACUGUAAAAUUGUAUAAAUAUAGACUGUUCUAAAAAUAACCUUGUGUAUUUCAAUCUGCUCCUGCUAUUAAAAGCAUAAUUAUGUGAA